AUUAGCUGCCACUGCAGUAAGAGAGUUUAGAGAGGGAGAGAGGGUUGAAAAAGAGCAGAGAGGAAUGGCGAUGGCAGUGAGACCCGCGGCAGUGCGCAGGCCCCCUCAUCUGCCCAAAUACGCUCUCAAGCCCCAGCCUCGCAUCUCUCAUCCACUCCUGCUCUGUCCUUCGCCUGCGGCGCUCUCUCUUCUUGCUCUCUUUUCGCAGCCCCAAACCUCUUUCUUGGAAGCCAAAGCCUUCACCUUGCCUAAAGAAGGCAUCGUCUCUUCGCUUACCAAGGUGGAAGAGACAAUAGAUCAAGUUGGGGAAGCGGGUUCAAAAGCCUUGGACUUCUCCAAGGAUAUAGUUAAGGUAGUGACAGAUUCUCUUAAGCCAAUAGUGGAUGCAGCGCUGCCAGUGCUUAGGAGUGCUGGAGAGGAAGCGGUGAAGAUCACAACUCCUAUUGUUUCUGAUGCUUCCAAGCAAGCAAAAGAGGCUCUUCAAGGUGCUGGUGUUGAUCCCAGUCCUGUAGUCUCCGCUGUUAAGACGUUUGCAGAUGCAGCACAGCAAACGACAAAAGUAAUUGAAGGAGCAAAGCCAAUUGCUGCUUCAACUUUUGAAACAAUUACCUCUGCAGAUCCUACAGUCAUUGUUGUCUCAGCUGGAGCACUAUUUUUGGCAUACCUUCUUUUUCCAUCUAUAUGGUCGAUUGUUUCUUUCAACUUCCGUGGCUACAAAGGUAAUCUCAGCCCUGCGCAGACUCUUGAUGUGCUAUCAUCACAAAAUUUUAUUAUGAUCGACAUAAGAUCAGAGAAAGACAAAAACAAGACAGGAGUUCCUCGCCUCCCUUCCAGUGCUAGGAACAAAAUGAUCUCAAUUCCUCUAGAAGAACUCCCAAACAAGCUUAAAGGCCUUGUUCGGAAUGUAAAGAAGGUUGAAGCAGAGAUAGUUGCUCUAAAGAUAUCCUAUCUAAAAAGAAUCAACAAAGGUUCAAACAUUGUGAUAAUGGACUCGUAUUCUGAUACCGCCGUGAUCGUAGCGAAAACACUUACCAGCCUUGGCUUCAAGAACUCCUGGGUUGUAGCAGAUGGCUUCUCUGGAGGUAGAGGGUGGUUGCAGAGCCGGCUCGGCGCCGACUCAUAUAAUGUAUCAAUCGCAGAAGUUCUAUCUCCUUCGCGAAUCAUACCAGCUACAGCAGCCCGUUUGGGAAUGACGAGCGCAACUCCAAGAAAACUUCUUCCAGGUACUGCAGACAACUGAAGAAGAACUAUCCAUUUGCUUCACAUAUGUAUGUAUUUAGCAAUCUGUAGUUUAGUUUCAUUUUGUUACUGUGCUGUGUGCAUAUAUGUUCUAACUAUUUGCCAUUGCAUUUUAGUUAUUAUUUAAUGUAUUUCAAAUAGGAAUUGCAGUUAAGUCUAUCAUCUUAUCAACCUUAUUAGCCUUCAUAACUGAAUUUGUAGUCUUGAUUAAAGUUUUCUUUGUUGAAGGUUUAAGGAGUUAAAUUCUUAAUUGAUUCGUUUCGAUU